AUGGUCUUGGUAAAGAGUGAGUACAGAGAGGAGAUGUCCUCCCCUUGCUCCAUGUCCACCUCCAGCCUGUCACCCCAGCCCUGCACCUCUGAUGAUGAGCAGCAGUUCACCCCUAGCCCACAAGCAGAGGAUGAAGAGGUGGGCACCGAUGCCAGCAAGAAGCCCAGACGCAGCCGUACCCGCAGCAACGUUAAAAAUGGAGAAGUCGUCCUGAAGGUCAAAAAAACCCGCCGCCUGAAAGCAAAUAACCGGGAAAGGAACCGCAUGCACCACCUAAACUCUGCCCUGGAUGAGCUGAGGGAAGUGCUGCCCACCUUUCCUGAGGAUGCCAAGCUCACCAAGAUAGAGACCCUACGCUUUGCACACAACUACAUAUGGGCACUGUCUGAGACUCUACGCCUAGCAGACCAAGUACAUGGGUGCACCACCACUCCUAUGCUGAUCCAGGACUCUCCUCCUUCUCCGAGUCCUUCUGCCUCCUCAUGGAGCUGCACAUCUCCCUCUUCUUCCAGCGAAUCACUGUCCCCUGCCAGCUCCACCUCAGACAUCCUAGACUACUGGCCGCCCGCUGAUCGACACUUCCAUGGAGCCCUCCACCAGCAAAACCUCUGUGCAACGGGUACCACUUUCAUCUGA